ACUCAGGCGCAGGGACCACAAUUCCCAGAGUGCUCCGCGCGCUGCGCGGCUGCCGCCGACGCUGCGACCAAGAUGGCCGGGAGACUCGCCACCUUCCUCAAGGAAGCCUGGGCCAAGGAGCCGGUGCUGGUCGCGUCCUUCACCAUCGGGGGCCUCGCUAUAAUUCUGCCGGCUUUCAGCCCCUUCACGAAAUACGCCGCCAUGAUCAACCAGGUGACGCCCUACAGCUAUCCAGUGCCCGUCCGGGAUGAUGGGAACAUGCCUGAUGUGCCCAGCCACCCUCAGGACCCCCAGGGCCCCAGCUUGGAGUGGCUGAAGAACUUGUGAGCACCCCCGGUGACACGGAGGAGGCCCCUCCCCUGUAGUCAAUAAAAUGCGAAAAGCAACCCCAGAAUC